CUUCCUCAAAAGCCAUCAGAAAAUGAUUGAAAGGCGCUAAAUACCAACAACACAAUUAACUGUAUUUUUAUUUAACAUUUACAAGCUAUUAAUGCACCUGAUGUCAUUUAGUCGACUUAUAAAUCUAAAUUAUAGUCGUAAAUGUCAAUGAAGCGUUCCUACAUUUGUAUUUGUAUUUUAUUUAUUUAUUUUUGCUUUACGCCGUGUACAAUAUUAGGCUACUAUUUUAGUAUUCGGUAUACAGUAGCAGCAGACAAACUGUAUUUUUUGCGCCCGUCGGUCCAAACAAAAGUAAGAAAGUUAUUAUUUUCUUCUCAAAGGGCCCUGUCACAAGACUUUUAGUGACGACUACGUUCAAACUGUAAUGUCAUGCUCCCUUCAGAGUGCUCACAUCAAGGGCUCUGCCCUUCGUAGUGAGUAGGGCAUAGUGAUGAUCACUUUCGGUUGGAAUUCGCCCUUUUAAAUCAAAUUAUUGAUCAGUAUAUAGCUGCCAGUUGAAGGAAAAUGUAAGGGGCCGUUCACACCGAAUCCGUUUUUUCGCUGUUUUUCAAUUAAACAUACGUAAACAUACGCUAGACGGACGUUUCGCUAUUUUUUCAGCGUCUCGCGCAGAAGCGCCGCGUGUCACGUUAAAAAUAACUUUAAAAACGCGUCUCGAGACACCUGCGUUCUGUCUAUUUAUUUAUUUAUUUUGCAACGUAUGACGUGUUUAGUCUGAACGGCCCCUGACAAAUUCUCCACCAGAGGUCAGGCAAACAUAAUAAGCGGUCAUAACCCAAUUUAAUGCGUUUUAAAGUAUUUGUUAAUAUGCAUUAGAAAAUAGACCUAAUAUCACGGAAAGGUUUGGUGUUUGACCCUUUCUUGGUGUUUUUAUUAUUAUUAUUAUUAUUAUUAUUAUUAUUAUUAUUAUUAUUAUUAUUAUUUAAAGGAACUGAAAUAUUAAUAAUAACACCCAUUCUCUGCUAGUCCAAUUUGCUUAAUUAUUUAAUCAUUAAUGUAAAAUGAUGAACGGCUGGUAGGCUAUCUUCCAUAACUGUUUGUAAAGAGUAAGUUGGACUUUCCUCACUAUGAGAUCCGGGGAUGCAGCUGUACUAGCGCCUUUGAGCAGAUUCUUCACCGUCUCUACGACAACCAGCAACCUGACGCAACUUAAGCCCCUCCUCCAUUCAAGCCUCUCAUCUCAUUCAAGAGUAAAAGCAGUGUUGAUUCUGCCCUCCAGCAGAAGAGUACAAUCAGUGCCUGAUAAACUGCUAUGAAGAGUCUUUUAUAUACUUUUUCACUUGUGAAAAGUGAUUAAAAGUAACAAUUUGCCUCGAUUGCAAGAAAGGAUAUGGUCAUAGAGGCAAGCUGUGGAAGUGCUGUUCUUGGAUGGCUAAGCUACAGGGAUGAUACUGCUAAAAAAAAUGGAAUGCCAUUAUCUGCUUCAUUGAUUUAAUUUAUAGCCCCACAAACGUGCAUCAGCAAGCAGAUCCAAAGGUUCACAGCAUCUUUAUUGAUCAAAAAAGCAAUAAGAUCAUAUGAACACUUAAAUUGAUUUUCACAGUUUAUUUCUGGCUACACUAUCCACUUCCUCGAAAGGCCAUGGAUGCGAAUUCAAUACCACAGGUUAAUAUAGAGGACUAUGAUGGCCUUGAGGUUGCCCCAGAUGAUCACCUGAGAACCUUGAAAGCACUGACUGAGAAGUUAAGACUUGAAACCAGAAGGCCAUCGUAUCUUGAGUGGAUGGCACGAGUAGAAGUUCAAAGCUCAAAAGGCAUAGUGGUUUCAGAGGGGUCAUCAGAGCAGGAGAAAGGUGCCAAGCUGAAGUCCAGUGGAACACCUCAGAAGAACAUCCAGAAUUCUGAAGUGACAGCAGGAAACAAAUCGACAUCUACAAGCCUGGGACAAUUUGGAAAUAUUGAAGAGGCUCUUGUUUGGCUUAGAAAAGAACUGAAGGAGAUGCGCCUUCAGGACCAGCAGUUGGCCCGCCAGCUCAUGCGACUACGUGGUGACAUCAACAAACUCAAAGUCGAGCAGACAUGUCACCUGCAUCGCCGAAUGCUCAACGAUGCCACAUUUGGCCUGGAGGAGCGCGACGAGCUGUCAGAUCUUAUGUGUGAUGGACCUGUCACUCCGGGAUUUGGCCUUUCUUCACCACUGCGUCUCAUUGGUGUCACAAAGAUGAACAUCAACUCCAGACGGUUCUCCCUUUGCUAGUGGAGACAAAUGUGAGGUUGUAACAAUGCUAUAAAUAUUUAAAAAGCAAAGAGCAAGAUGAAGGCAAAUUACUGACUGAUCCAACUGCAAAAAGAGAAAAUGUGACGGAAAAGCGACUACUCCGGUAGAAGAAAGGUUUGAGUAAAUAAUCUUUGACUGAAAAGUAAAGUGUUCUGGAACUCAAGAGAAGAUGACCUGCCACAGAAAAUCCUGUGCCUCAUUCUCCAUGUACUUGUGCUGGUGAAACCACUUGGAUUGAUCAAAUAAUCAAUAGCCAAUUACUUUUAAUAAAUAUUUCACCCAUUAGCCGCUCUAUACCUUAGAUACAAUCCUUGUCAUGAGCCUGUUUAUUUCUUACAACAAACAGCCUUAAAGGGAUAGUUCACCCAAAAAUGAAAGUUCUCUCAUCAUCUACGCACCCUCAUGCCAUCCAAGAUGUGUAUGACUUUCUUUCUACUGCAGGACACAAAUGAAGAUUUUUAGAAGAAUAUCUCAGCUCUGUAGGUCCAUGCAAUGCAAGUGAAUGGUGAUCAGGCCUUUGAAGCUUCAAAAAGUAGAUAAAGUUAGCAUAAAAGCAAUCCAAAUUACUCUAGUGGUUUAAUCCAUAUCUUCUGAAGCAAUCCAUUUGGUUUUGUAAAAUAUAACUCUGAACUUACUGAACAUCUUGCAAUUGCAGUCUGUAGGCACGAUCAUGAUUUCAAGCUCGAUUACACUUCCUAUAGCACCAUCUAGCGCUCUGCACGUGCGUCAAGCACUAGGAAGUGUAAUCGAGAUUGAAAUCAUGAACGUUCCUAGAGAUUGCAGUGGCAAGAUGUACAGUGAAAAGGGAGUUAUAUUUUGGUCUGUUCUCACCCAAAACCAACUGGAUCGCUUCAGAAGUCUUUUUCAUUUUUGGGUGAACUAGCCUCUUUAAGAAUAAACCAAUUGAUUUGGGUAGAUUUUUGCCCAUUACCCCAAUUUUGCAUCGCAUGUAACCAGCUUUACCAGCAUUCUUACCAUCUUAUUCAGUGUGUGCAUGUAUUUUGCGCAUACGUGCCUCUUCUUAGUUUGACAUCAAAGGCAGAGAAUGACUUGAUUACUUCAAAUCUCAUGUAUCAUGUUUUUCUUGCUUUGUCUGAUUUUUUAAAUAAGCUGAUAUUUGGGAGUUAUCAGUGUAUUGGUGUGCAUGUAAAUGGGCUCAUAGAUUGAAUGAUUCAUUCAUAACAUAAAAUAUGCUUAUUUGUCACCACCUACUGGAGUAAAUAUGCAAUCACUAGAAAUGGUCACUGAACGAAUCAGUGAAUGAAAUCUAAAUAAAUGAUUAUUUAGAUUUAAACGAUUAAUAAAAAUCCCCACCACUAUUUGGAAAGCCACAAACAUGGAGAAGCAAAGUGAUACAAAUAGUGAAGCGUCCCAGUGCUGUUGGACUGUAUAUCAGCCCUCUUGGAAUGCCACUCGCCCAAUCAGAUUCGAGGACCGGAACUACAGUGGAAUAAGCGAUUCCUGUGGCCUGCACCAUGAAGCCGGUUUCGGUGGUUAGCCAGGUUUCGUUCUGGAUUACAGAUCGCUAACAGAUACUGAACCAAUCAGCUACAUCUUAGUUGGAGGCACAGUGGUGCUCUACAAGCAAUCCAAAAGACGCACGUGAGGGAAGCGAGCUGGCGUGUUUGUGAAGCUUCGUCAACGCGGCUUUAGGACUCCGCUGCCGAGUAUUCAUCUGGAGAAUGUCUGCUCCCUCACAACAAAACGGAUGAACUUCUUCUCACUCAAACAAAUAAGGACUUCCCUAACUCCGCUGCUCUGUGUUUCACAGAAACCUGGCUGAAUGAAGCCAUCCCGGACAACGCGUUACAUCUGCCGGGCUUUCAGCUGUUCAGAGCGAAUCAUGGAGUAAUCGGGGAAAACUAGAGCAGUUGGAACAUGCUUUAACAUCAACGAAAGUUGGUGUACAAAUGUAACAACAUUGAAGAAGAUGUGCUGUCCUAAUUUAGAAGUGCUCUUCAUAAACUGUAAGCCUUUCUACUCGCCGCAGGAGUUUUUCUCAUUUAUUCUGGUGAGUGUCUAUAUCCCGCCACAAGUGUGCAGCGUUUCAACAGCUGGCUGAUCACAUCACAGACACGGAGCAACACCCAGACUCUCUUAUCAUUAUUCUGGGAGAUUUUAAUAAAGCUAACCUCACCCAUUAACUGCCAGAAUACAAACAACACAUCACAUGCCCCAACAGAGACAGAAAUAUAUUGGACUACUGCUACACCACUGUAAAGGAUGCAUAUCGCUCUUUCCCAUGUGCAGCUUUAGGACUCUCUGAUCACUGUCUGGUUCAUCUUCUCCCGACCUACAAGCAGAAACUAAAAUCUACUAAGCCUGUAGUAAGGACUAUUAAGAGAUGGACCAAUGAAGCAGAGCUGGAACUACAAGCCAGCUUUGACUGCACUGAUUGGAGUGUUUUUGAGGUUAUAGCCACAGGACUAAAUGACUAAAUAAAAUACUAUUGUGUGUGAAAAUCCUAGGAAAUCAGCAGUUACAGAAAUACUCAAACCAGCCCAUCUGGCACCAACAAUCAUUUAUACGAUUAUCUAAUCAGUGGGGCAGCAGUGCAUAAAAUCAUGCAGAUACGGGUCAGGAGCUUCAGUUAAUGUUCAAAUCAACCACCACAGUGAUUUGGAGCGUGGCAUGAUUGUUGGUGCCAGACAGGCUGGUUUGAGUAUUUCUGUAACUGCUGAUUUCCUGGGAUUGAGUAAUGUGGAAUGUAUUAUAUUAUAUUUCUUCCCAGUCUUGCUGACUAAUUUUUAUUUUUAAUUCAUCCUCACACCUACAUAUAAUUUUAUUCAGAGUGUCCUGUAUGUCUCUUUCAAGUGCACUCUUUAAAAUUCCUAACAUUUUUAUUAGAUUAGUUGUAUUGUAUGUAUCAAUUAUAUAAUUUAUUAAUGGAUGCAUUUCCUUUUUUAUUUCUUUUACUUUAACUUAUGUUAAUAUCAUCUUACCUGUAAAUAAUUAAAUGUGAAUUUGGAAGCUCAUACUUUUUUGCUAAGUUUGAAAAGGUAUCCAUUCCUUUAUCAGUGAACAGUUGGUGAUAUGUUUUCAGACCUCAAUCUGCCCAAAACUUCAAUGUUUUAUCUAAUGUAUUUGGCAUGAAAUCAGGAUCUUUAGCAAUUUCUUGUAAAUGAACUAUAUCUUUCUAAAUUGUAAUAUUUUCUUUUUUUCCUAACCAAAUUCUAAAAGUAUUAUUAAUACAAAUAUUAUCUAUUAAUUUAAAUUUGUUGCUUUAACAGGGAUAUACUAAUAGUUUCCCCCAUUUGAUAAAUUUCCAUCUUCCUCCAUUUCACUUUAGAUUCUUCGUUCAUCCAAAUCAAUAUAGGUUGAAUUUGGGCAGCUUUAUAAUAAUUUAUUAAAUUUGGGAGUUCUAGUCCUCCAAGCCUUUUUGACAACUUAAGAAUUUAAGUUUCCUAUUAUCCCAUAUAUAUUUACAAAGUAGCUUAUUCCAUUGUCUAAAACACGUUUUAAUAUACUAACUGGUAGAUUUUGAAAAAGGAAAAUAAACUUGGGGAGAAUAUUCGUCUUUAUACUCUAUUUGUUUUGUAAUCAAUAGUAGCCUCUAUUUAUCUGUAAUAGUUUUGAAUGAUAUAUAGUGUUACAUUCAAAUAAAUAUAAAAUCUUUUAUAUUUUAAAUAAAUUUAAGCUUUUAAAAUUAAUAAGCCUGCGUGUUCUUGUUGUGGGCCUAAAUGAAUUCACUUAAGCUGUUUUAUAUUUUUUUAUUACAUUAAGAAUUUGAGCUCUCGUAGCAGCCAUUGUUUCUUCUUGUUGUGUAAAUAUCUUUAAAUGCUUCAUCAUUUUACAGUUAUCCCUUGUACUGUGUAAAUCAUGUGUUUUAAGUCUUCAUGAUUUCAUGCUGAACUCUUGAGCAGUGUAAAUGCAUUUGUUCAAUAUAUAUAUUUAAAAUAAUGUCUUGUGCAUUGUUUAAAUGAAUUUAUUAUUUAUUUAUUACUUAUUUUCAAAAAUUCUUAAAUUCAUGCACGCGCAAUAAUGUUGUGUGGAUCGGUCUGAUCCACUUUGUUUAUUUUCCCAUUUACAGAGCCAGGGCUGUGUACAAACACCAGAUUUUUUUUUCAGUGCAAACAGAACGGGCCGUGAAGAGAUAUUAGUGGAAUUUGACAAAAAGUGUAUUGGAUUAAAAUGACUUACUCCACCUUUAAUGUAAGAACUUUGACUCAUUAAUGGAUAUUAUUUAAUAAAAGUAAAUGUUUGUCACUGACUGUAAACCUCCUGCCCUGGGCGCUGACAUGUUUGCGUGAUGUAACACACACAUACCGAGUACUCGAGUAGACAAAAUGACCAAAAUGCCUAUCCCUAGUAUAAAGUUGGUCAGCAUAGAGCUUCUGUAUACUUCACACGAAAACCAGGUAUAUUUAAGAUAAAUUUAACAACUGAACAUG